CCGCUAACAGUGUAUAAAAGGACAGCGAAAUUACAGACUGUCAGCAGUAGCACCUAACAACAUGCUUCGCUUUCUAGUACUGGCUUCUCUUGUUGUCUACAGCCUUGGCGCUGUCACCCGGCUCAGACGCCCGCGUCUUGAUGGCCGAAUUGUUGGCGGUGAAGAAGUUGAUAUCGCCAACUUCCCGUAUCAGCUCUCUUUCGAGUACAGCAACAGCCACAGAUGUGGGGCUUCAAUCGUCAGCGCGAACUGGGUUGUGACGGCUGCUCACUGUGUUGACGGCGCUUCAGCUUCCCGAGUGCAAUUCCGGGCCGGAAGCAGCAGAAGGGGAACAGGCGGUUCCCUCCACCCUGCAUCUGAGCUGAUAGCUAACCCAAAGUACGAUUACUAUACAAUCGAUUUUGACAUCGCAGUUGCAAGGGUAUCCGUCUCCUUCACAUUUGGAACUGGAAUUCAACCAAUUGCACUGGCCCGCGAAGCACCUUCUGCCGGUGAGGAUUCAGUGGUGAGCGGUUGGGGAACUCUCUCGUCCGGGUCAUCAUCACUUCCAACAGUACUCCAAGCGGUGACAGUGAAAAUUGUGGCCUCUGCCGACUGCAGUGCCGCCUAUGAUUCUUACGGUGGAAUCACAGAGAAUAUGAUCUGUGCUGCUGUAUCUGGUGGAGGCAAGGACGCUUGCCAGGGUGACUCCGGCGGUCCUCUGGUUGCUGGCGGAAAUCUUGUCGGUAUUGUAUCCUGGGGAGUUGGCUGUGCUGAAGCGAAUUACCCCGGCGUGUAUUCCAACGUUGCAGCUCUCAAGGACUUCGUCACUGAACAAACUGGUGUCAGCUAAACAUGCGAUGUAAACAGACGUAAUUUAAGGGGCAACAAAGUUUGAAGUGUACAUUACAGGAAAUAAAUAAACGUGCUCCACAAUUUU